CCUCCAUUCUUUCUCAUAAGCCUUUCACUCUUUCCAAAUGUCUAUAAUCGACGAGAAAUCCCCCAAACACUGUGGAUCAAAACAGCAACAACAAAAUGGUAAUCAUCAUUUGAAGAAAAUCAAAAACAAUUUCUCAUCAUCAAAAAAGCUAAUCUGCACCUUCUCCACCUUCUUCACUUCAAUCCUAUUCAUCAUCAUCCUUAUCUGGUUUCUCCUACGCCCCACAAAACCUCAAUUCUCACUCAAAGACACUCAAAUCACCCAACUCUCCUCCGGCGCCGGCCUUCUCAAUUCCUCCCUUCAACUAACUCUCCUCUCCCAAAACCCAAACAACAAAAUCGGCAUCUAUUACGAUGAUUUCCUUCUCUACGCCACUUACAAAACCCAACAGAUUACUGUUCAAACUCCACUGCCUCCUUUCUAUCAGGAACAUGAAGAAAAAAACCUAUUGUCGGCGACCCUUAUCGGAGUUGGGGUUCCGGUGGCGCCGUCUCUUGGUUAUGAAGUUGGCAGGGACCGGAGUUCGGGGAAAUUGGUGGUGAAUGUGAAGGGGAUUGGAAGGUUGCGAUGGAAAGUGGGGACUUGGGUUUCUGGAAGCUAUAGGUUUGUUGUCAAUUGCGUUUCUGUAAUGGAUUUUGGUCCUGUUGUUCCUUCUGGUCCACUCAUGUCUAAACAGGGGAGUCACUGUUCAACUACCAUUUGAUCAUUAUAUGUUAACAAGCUUAUGUGAAAUAAAAAGUAUAUAUAUAUAUGUAUAAAUGAGAAGAUUAUAUAUAUAUAUAUGGAUUGAGAUGUGGGUUUUGAUUUGUGAAGAAGAUGGUGUUUAUAUUAUUAUGAAUUUGUCUACUCUGUUUUGCUCUGUU